AUGACGAACACAUCCCCUCAUUCAGCCUACAUGCAAAAAUGCAUCUCCCUCGCCGAACAGUCCCCCCCACGCCCAACCAACUUCCGCGUCGGCGCAAUCCUGCUCUCGCGCAAAGACAAUGACCCCACCGGGUCCGACGACAAGAUUCUCUCCACAGGCUACACAAUGGAGCUCGCCGGCAACACGCACGCCGAGCAAUGCUGCUUCGCGAACUUUGCCGCAGUCCACAACGUCGCCGAGGAUGAGGUCGCCUCCGUGCUACCAGCCGAACCCGGCCGCAAGCUCAUCAUGUACGUCUCAAUGGAGCCAUGCGGGAAGCGCCUGUCGGGCAACGCGCCGUGUGUGCAACGCAUUACCCGGACGCGCACGGGCGGCCGGGAGGGUAUCUACAAGGUGUAUUUUGGCGUGAAGGAGCCUGGUACGUUUGUUGGGGCGUCGGAAGGGUGUCAGAUGUUGACUGCGGCGGGGAUUGAGUGGGAGCAUGUGUCCGGAUUUGAGAAGGAGAUUUUGACCGUUGCGACGGCGGGGCAUGAGAACUCCGAGGCGGAGGUGCGGGCUGCGCUGGGGGAAAGGGUGACGAAUGUGGAUGAUAUUAGUCCUGAGGAAAGGAGGAGGCAGGAGCAGAUUCCGCGGAAUCCGAAAAAGAGAAUGAUGGAGGGGGAGACUCUUCUGUAUUAG